ACUUUAUCUGCGGAGAACAAAAGGCUCAUUUUUGUGCCAACUAUCCCAAUAAAAUUUAAAUCUGGAUAAGAAAUUCAAGCUAGAAAUAAAAUUACUUUUUAAACAAACACUUUAUUUUAUUUUCAGCCUCGUUCAGAUGUUCUGUAAGAGUUGGCUACUGGUUGGUCUCUUCAUCCUACUUAAUAUUUUAUUUCUGUAUUUCACUGCCACUACCCUCGAAACAAGAAAGUGGCAGAAAAUGGCGAAAAAAACAGGGAACCCCCAUGUUGCUUACCCUCAAAAUUACAGAUUUAUCCUCGACCAGCCACACAAGUGUGAACAGCAAAAGCCCUUUAUGGUGAUUAUCGUCCCCGUGGCCCCGCAGAACAUCGAGGCACGUAACGCCAUCAGGAUAACGUGGGGCAGCGAGGAGCUCGUCCGGGACAAAUUGGUGCUGGUUCUCUUUCUUCUGGGCUCACAAAGUGGUAACGAAACACUGCAGGAGCAACUCCAGAAUGAGAGCGAGGAGUAUCAAGACCUUCUCCAGAGCAACUUCCUGGAUUCCUACAGGAAUCUGACCAUCAAGACCUUGGUGAUGAUGGAAUGGCUCAACAGAAAUUGUCCACAGGCGUCCUACGGAGCGAAAGUGGACGCUGAUGUGCUCCUCAAUAUGAAAAACCUAUUACAUAUGCUUGUGAGUCUGAAAUCACUACAGCGAAACUACAUCACCGGCCUAGUAUUGUCUGGAAACACUGUCUUGAGAGAUCCAUCCAGCAAGUUUUUUGUCCCUCAUGAAGUGUAUCCUAAACCCAGAUAUCCUCCGUAUCCUCUGGGCAUGUGUUAUAUCUUUUCUAUGGACUUACCAGAGAAGAUCCUGCACAUCUCCAGGCAUAUCAAGCCUAUUUUUAUUGAGGACGCAUAUCUAGGCAUGUGCUUGAAGAGUUUGGGAAUCGCACCUAAGAAACCACCAAAUAUUGGACAGUUUGUGCUCAAACCACCACAACGAUUCAAUAGCUGUUACUAUUCUAGACGAAUAGCAAUACUCACAGACAGCCAGACUCAGCUGAUUUCCUAUUGGAUGGAUAUUCACUCAACCAAAAGACCCUGCUGAAAAGCACUCGGAGUCUAAA